CCUGCAGGCAAUAAGAAUGCCGUAAAUAUUUUGCAUUUUAUUAGAGGGGGGUAGGACAAGGGAAGGGGUGGGACUAGGGGAGUGGGAGGGACGAAGGGAAAGAGAUGGGUCGAGGGGAGGGGGUGAAAAACUCUUCAACAAAUAUAAAGCUUAGCAGAGAGUACAGGUUGUUUUGACUAAUUUAACUGUGUCUUUAUUUAGUAUAUAAGAAGGAGCUGUUAUUAGUGGGUCGAGACUCCAAAAAUAGGCUCGUGCCAAUUUUUAAGUAUUGUUCUAUUAUCUAUUAAACAAUUGUGUGUUGACAAAUGACAGAAGCCUUAUUUAAGGGUGUUGUAAAUUGGUAUAUUUAACACAUUCUUAACUGAAUUGAUUGAUUAAUGAAGAUAAAGCCACCCAAGAGGUGGCACGGACAUAAAUAGCUCGUAGCUAACUGAAUUGUAAGGUUAGUCAAUUUCUAUCCGCAGGAGAUUUGUGAGUGGAAGGAGGACAGUUGGGCAGAGCCAGGCACAAGCACUCCCACACCUAUUUAAACUCAAGCUAAGUCAGCUAGUUUAAAAGCAAAUCCCCCACAAGUGUGUUGAUUGUAUUUACCGCAGCGAGGCCGGCGAGGACGAGCAGCGAGGUCCUCAUGUUGGUGGUUGAAGUGGACUGACGCCUAGCGGCUCUCUCACGACAAGGCAGAAGUGGCUGCUACAACGCUAAAUGCAAUGACCCGUGUUGGAAGGAUGCCCUGCUCGCAUCUCAGACCUUCAUCCUUCAUCCUUCCAGCCCGGUGAACCCUGCUGGAAGGAGCAGUGGCCACACCACCACUCACCAGCACGGUGAACUCUGCUGGAAGAAACAGUGUCCUCACCUCGGCCCCUACAUCCACCACCCCACCAGGAAUGUGUGGUACCAGGUCCCCGGCUCUUGGUGGUCAACAUGAGCAAAAAGAAAGAUCAGAAGGUCAUCAAAAAGAAGGAGAGCACAGGUCCGACGAUGCUGGUGAAGCUGCUGGUGCUGCUGUGUGUCGUCAGCAGCAUGGCUCUCGUCCUCCAGCUUAACCUCACUAACCAGCAGAACCUGAUGCUCAGUGAGGAGCCUCGGGCGUGGUCAGCGCAGAGGGCGGGCCCCACCUGCCGCCCUCGACGCCAUCUGGUGUUCCUCAAGACCCACAAGUGCGGCUCCUCCACCAUACAGAACGUACUGAUGCGCUACGCGGACGCUCACAACCUGUCAGUGGCGCUGCCCUACUCUAGUGUGUACCUGGACGCGGUGGCCGAGGGUCACAGCCUCAGAGUGAAGGAACUCAGGGACUCGCCCUUCGCCCCACCCUCGGGCAGGUAUCACUUCCUCGUCCACCACACCAGACUCCAUGUCAGAGCCAUACAGCAGCUGACAUACGAGGACUCCGUGUGGGUGACCAUCGUCAGGGAGCCGUCAGCGGUGUUCGAGUCCAUGUUCCACUACUAUCACCUCCACAAGUUCUACGGCGCCACCUUCGACCACCUCAUCUGGAAGCUCGAGGGCAACUCUGGAGGAAGGUCAAAGUUCAAGAACGCUAACAACAGGUACAAAGGAAGGCUGGGCAAGAAUCAGAUGACCUGGGACCUGGGCCUCGACGAACUGGACAUGCGCCAGGAGUCACUUCUUAAGGAAGCCUUCAGGAUCCUCGACCAGACCUUCCAUCUUGUUAUGGUAGCGGAGCGCAUGGACGAGUCCCUGGUGCUGCUGAAGCACCUCAUGUGCUGGAGGGACGAGGACGUGGUGGCCAUGGCUCGCAACGUGCGGAAGGACCGCUAUCGAAGCUACCUCAGCGAGCACUCUGUCAACACCCUUGAGCACUUCAACGCCGCCGACGUCAAGCUGUACGCGUUCUUUAAGGAAAGGUUUGACAGACACGUAGAGGCCUUCGGCCGCGGGCGUAUGGAGGAAGAGGUGGCAAGUCUCAGGGAACUGAGGGACAAGGUGUGGAGAGAGUGCGGCUUGGAGGAGAGCAGCACCCACACUUUCAACAAACGUCACGCCUUUGGGGACAAGGAGCGCUACCUGGUGGUGCAGUACAAGGUGCACAACAACGGCUCCUCCACGGCUACUUCUAACCCUGCCACUCCGACUGGCAGCAUGCGGAGAUACUGCUACGACCUGAUCCGUCCCAGCACGGAGUACACUCAGAAGCUUCGCUGGAAACAGUACAGCCGAUAUCACCACAACGUCAACAACCCGUGGAACCUCACCUGGUCCUCAUACGACAAGAAGAAGAAGAAGAAGAGGCAGAAGGCGACGAGAAGGGCGUCUUUGAUCCCCGGGAUGAGGUACCACGUCAAGGCGAGAAGCGGCUCCAGCGGCAGGGACGCCGACCACCACAGCACUCUUCCCGCCAAGAACGGGACGAGAGGACAGGCACCGCACCCGGAGUCGCAGACUGCUGCAUAACCACUGCUGUGUUUUAUUUAUAAUUGUUAACUAUUUUGGUGUAUGUAUUUAUCUGUCUUGUAUAAACACAGAACACGUACGUACAGGGACGGUACGUUAUCGUAACUAAACACGGAAGGGAAGGGAACUACCAGGAGAACUACCCAAGCCAUUACCAUUAUAUAGUACUGGGAAGAGAUAAGGAUUUGGGAUGGAACGGGGGAAU